GUAGCGAUUCUGUGCGCAUGCGCGUACCGUCUUUCAUCUUGAAGCGUGUAGUGACAGUCCAGUCGUCCUACAAGCGCAAUGGCGAGCAUAAUUACCGAAAUGUUGACAGAAACCGCAGCGGCUCUUCGCUUUGUGAAGUCGGUCCACCACAGACGGGUGAGCUGGCUGUCUGCAUGUGGAGGAAGAGGCCGAUACUUGUCUGUGAGUCACAGAAGUAUGGCGAGAACAGCUUCAAGUCGAUGGGAGCCGAAAGAAAAAGUGCACAUCCCAGGACUGGAGAAGGUCACCUAUGGAGAAAAGAUGCAUUACGUCCCUGGGCUCGCUAAACCCAUUUACCCGGAGUGGAGCAGGGACUACACCGACCCCCGGCGUUACAAGUCUCCCCCAGACCAGGAGAUGCCUUUGUACAAGGAGAAGGAAUGUUAUUUGUUCCACAAGAGGACCAGCCUGCUGGAAGGUGUUCGUCAGGCUCUGUGGUUGACAAAAAGCAAGGCAAUCUCUGGUUUACCACAGGAGCUUCUCUCCCUGGCAGAAAGUCCUGCUAAUCAGCUACCCAAUCAGGACAGUCGUGUUCAGAACGCCAUCAAACAUGCCCGAUUCUGGGACACAACCCAAGAACGACCAGACAAAGUCAAAUACAGCAAGACACUCCUCUUCAACCUGCUCCAUCUUUGUUCCAACCUCCAGUGCACUCAUCCGCUGACGAGAAGGAGAAUGAUUGCUGAGAAGUGCUCGUUAGCAGCAUCGUGGACAAGAGGUGACGACCUGUUCCAGAUUCGGGGUGAAAAUAGUUUAGUGUAUAACAGCAUGGAUCCUCUCCCAAGAGUUUCUGGAACACAGGAAGUGUCCGCCACAGCAGAUCAUACCCUUGAAACCUUCUAUCCCGUGUCGCCUACGGUGGACCUGCAGAAAGUGCAUGUGUACAAGGAAGACGUGAACUGCACAGGUUUUGGAGAUAAAUAUAUUUUCCCUCACGCCCACACACUUUACUUUUUGGAAAACGAGGAUGUUCGCUGUAAACUUCGCCCUGAGCAGUUCAGAGCCAAGAUGAUCAUGUUCCUGUUUGGAUCUGCUCUGGCACGUGCACACAAACUGUUAGGGGCCAAGACUAUGUGUGUGUUAGACCAUCCUAUUACAGUACAGGCAGUGGGGACCAAUGGCAGAAUCUUCCAGUUCAUGGUUUUCCAGCUCAACACUACAGAUCUGAGACAAGAUGACGGCAUCAAGAACCAGGUUUGGCUGGAUGAAGAUGUAGAGCUCUACGAUUUUGCAAAAGUCCGACCACUCAUCAAAAAGAAAGAAGUGAAGGUUCCAGCCGGUCUAGCAGGAUAUAAGGCAGAGACCUUCUCCAGGUUCCUUGCCCUCUACCUUCACGGCACGAUGUAGCCCUAAGAGCCCAGGUACUAAGUGUAAGUCAGUGUUUGGAAUGACAACAAUGUCACGUCUGAAGACUGCCAUACCACUGAGUCAUCACAAAUGGCCAAAAGUAUAUGCACCCCUGCAUUUGUGUCAGAUAAUGCAGCACAUCUCCCAGACGGUUGUUGAAAUGACAAAUGCUUUGGUAUGCACAUGUUUAUUUAUUUUGUUUGCAUUGGAACAACAUGAAAAAAAGAACACAAAAAAAGCCAAAUGCGAUAUUAUUUUACUCAGAACUCCAAAAAGGACUGGACAAGAUUAUUGGCGCCCUCAACUGAAUAUUUGGUAGCACACUUUUGGAAAUAAAUCAAUGUAAGCAUCAAUGAGUUUCUCACACUUGCUACUGGAGUGUUGGACCACUCAGGUCUCUGAGAUGUGAACUUCUCCCAACUGCUGUUUUUAGAUCAGAUGUUCUACAGGAUUUAGAUCUGGACUCACUUCACAACUCUCCAGUGCUCUGUCUUAAGCCAUUUUGGUGGAAUCCAUUUAAAUAGAAGUCUUGUGUAUUUUGCUGCGGAGUGUCGGACUAGACCUGGAACUGCUGAGGGUGGAGAUGUACGACAUCAGCUCCACAGCCUCAAUGCAGGCGGAGUCAGUGGAAUUUAUGGGUCACUUAUUAUUUAAUUAUUUUUUUUGAAGAUAAACUUGCUGGAAUAUUGUUUUGUGCUUUAUUAAAUAAUGAUGGUGUAAGUUCAUAAUGGCCACUUAUCUCUAUAUUCACCACAUUGGCUGUUUGUGUUCGCUUUUACUGUCAUAGAUCAAUACAGUUACUGUACAUGGA